GACAAUGGCCGAAUGUCAGUGAUCAAUCAUUUAUCACUUUGGACAGACCUGAUACUGAAAUCCUGAACUGUAAUUAACACUUUCAACAGGUGUGUACGUGAGAGCACCAAGCAACAAAUAUGACUGACAGAACAGCAGAUUCAGAUUCGACGGAAUCACUUGAAGACGUCAUUGAAAUUCGUCCGCUGCCGAGGCGAAACAUAGUGGAGUUGCAGGAUAUUGAGUCAGAAGCCGAGCAGCUAGCAUUCCGUGAAUUUAAUGAACCAGACCUAAUGCAAGGUACUGGGGUAUUCCGAAGGACAGGGAGACUCUCCCAGCAUAGAAAGUCUCAAGACUUACCAGUAACAACUCCCAGAUUACACCAGGAUCCAUCACAGACAAUACAGUUCCCCUCAGUGAUUCCGCUAAAUGUUGGUGGGGUCAAGUAUGUAACUCGUCUGUCCACACUGUCUAAAUAUCCAGACUCAAUGCUGGCAGCUCUAUUCAGUGGCCGUCACACGGUUGACAAGGAUCAAAAGAGGGCUUUGAAAUUGGUUGUUGUUAUCAGUGAGACGUGCCAUAAAACGACCGAGACAGAGUAUUCCUGUAAGUAUACAACAUGCCAAACAGGAAAUGUGGAAUGUGUGGAUAUCUUGGGGGUACACCUUUGCACAUGCAUGCUGGAGAAUGUACACGGAGCUUUAAACCUGCCAGCAUGCACUUUGAAAUCCGAUUGCAAGAAUAUGACUGCCUUCGUUGCAACUUGUUCGAAUGAAUUGUCUCAACAUUGUGUCGACGGUGCCUGCAGAUGCUUCGGAAUUGGUCACAACCAUGGUCACGGCCAUGGAAAUAAUCAAAACUAA